CUUCCUCCACUUGACUGAGGUGAUCCUGAGCGAUUGCCGAGUGAACCCAGGCUGGGAUUCUGGGUCACGGCCACUGUGCACAACUUUUGGAUGUCUGCUACUCCUAGCAGCGCCUGGGGGUCCCAUUACCCCCACCUUCUCGCUACCGCAUUACCGCCUGCGGUAUCUGUAUAGUAGCCAUUCUGGCGGUUUUGAACUGCAUCCCUUCUGGGAAACGGACAGUCUCCUUUCUCCGCCAACUACUCGUGCUCGUGGGGUGCUGCAGGUCCUUUAACCGGUCACCGCCGCCCUAGCCUGCUCCGAGGGAGAAAGCUCAGAUGCCCAGGAGCCCGGUCGGCGGGGCACCACCGAGUCGCGGUCCUCCCGCGUCUAGACCUGUUCGGAGGCACGCCGGAAGUGGAUGAGGCUGGCCGGAAGUGAGCGCGCAACGCCGCAGCCCCGAGAUGAAGCCGGCCGUGGAUGAGAUGUUCCCCGAGGGCGCGGGGCCCUACGUGGACCUGGAUGAGGCUGGAGGGAGCACCGGCCUCCUGAUGGACUUGGCAGCCAAUGAAAAGGCAGUUCAUGCGGACUUUUUUAAUGAUUUUGAAGAUCUCUUUGACGAUGAUGAUGUCCAGUGAAGCUGUCCAGUCGUAUAUGCUCCACAUUUGUGAUGUGUCUCAAAUUUCUCAGGACAGGAUCGGUUGAUCAUAGAGACCUUGCAGAGAUCACUAGAAGUCAGGACCUGGUCAGCCAAAGGAGGGGGACUGUCUGAACUAGCUGGGCGCUGCUGUCUCUGAGAAUGCUAGCCCCUUGUUCUUAUGUAAAUUAAAAAACAGUACCCUAACAGGCAGGGUAAUUGUAA